AUGAUUAAGUCACUACACUACAUCACUGCAGUACAGAGAAGGUACGUCAGCAACUGUACAUUAGUAUUGAGCAACUGUGGCACAGUCACUGCACUAGAGGAAAAAUUUGCAAAAAAAAAUCCUUACAUCAAUAUGGACGAGCAGCAAGAUACAGCAGAGUUCCUGGCGUCCUUUCUUAAUAUAUUAAAUAAUGAAGAAAUGUGCGAGGAAUGUUUCCGGCUUUUGUUUAAAGACCAAGAAAUAAGAGAAAGGGUCUGCCCCCAAUGCGAACAUGUGGGGGCAACCCAGAUGACCAAAAUCACGGAAAUUCCUAAAAUCCUGAUAGUACAGCUUAACAGGUUUGGAUUGGUUGGGGAGACAUGUCAGAAACUCACAAAUAGAGUGGAAUUCCCAAUAAGAGACCUGAGCAGGAACAAUUUCACAGAUUCUUAUUGUGAAUUGAGGUUAGAAACUAUGCAUACAAUAUGUUAUGCGAGGUUUCCGUUGAAGCGGCACGGUGACGCCGCAGAAAUCAGCGUGUAG